GUGAGGGGGCCGGGCCUGGCCGGGGCCGGGUGGCGGCGGCGAGGCCUCGGUGCGGCGGCACCAACAACCCGGAACUGGAGCGGAGCCCCGGCGGGAGCCAGCCAGCCAUGCCGCCGCCCAAGGACGUGGUGAAGAUCGCCAUCCAGAUGGUGGGAGCCAUCCCGCAGCUCAUCGAGCUCCAGCAGACCAAGCCCCUCUCCGCGGUGCUCAAGGACGUCUGCGACGCGUGGAGCCUGCCCAACGCCGAGCACUACGCCCUGCAGUACGUGGACGGGCGGCAGACCUACAUCACCGAGUCGAACCGCAGGGAGAUUAAGAACGGGAGCAUUUUGCGGCUGACCACCUCCCCGGACCAAGAAGCAGAGCGGUUGUACAGCGGGAUCCAGAGCAAGAAUGUGGAUGUGAAGACUGACUCACUGAAGAAGCUUGCAAGCCUCUCCCAGGAUGUUACCUUUGCUCAAGAGUUCAUCAACAGGAAUGGCUUGAAACAAAUUUACUCUAUUGUGGAAGAAGGGAAUGACACAGGGGAGAUGCUGGCUCACACCCUGAAAGCCUUCACAGAGCUGAUGGAGCAUGACUUUGUGUCCUGGGAAAAUCUUAGUACAGUCUUCAUCAAGAAGAUAGUGAGUUACGUCAACAUGAACGCGGUGGAUGCAUCCAUCCAGCAGCUCUCCUUGUCCAUCUUGGAGAACAUGGUGCCUACCAGUCGCCUCCUCUUCGAGCUGGUCAAGAAAGAAGUGACGUUGGAUCGUCUUCUCACCCACCUGCAGGCGACAAACGCCCAGCUGCAGCUGAAGGCGAUGGCCCUGCUCAUCGCGCUGCUGCUGGCAGCGACCAACGCCGAGCGGCGGGACAUGAUGGACUACCUAAGAGAGAAGAACAUCAGGCAGUUUAUCCACAAGAACAUCGUCCACAGCUCUGAGCCACUGGGGGACGAGAUGGCCCAUUACCUGUACGUGCUACAGUCUGUCAGCCUCAACCUGUGUGAGCAUCGCAUGAGGACCUCCAUGGAUCCCUACUCACAGGACCAGCGGGAGCUCCUCCAGUCCCUGCGCCAAACUGCCUUUGAGUCGGAGAGCGAGGCGCCUGCCAGCAACUUCAGCACCGAGCGCCGGCGGUCCCUGUGUGCCAAGGAGUUCCGCAAGCUGGGCUUCCUGAACAACAGCAACCCAGCAGAGGACCUCCGCCGUGCCCCACCAGGACUCCUUGCCCUGGACAACAUGGUGUAUUUCUCCAGGAACACCCCCAAUGCCUUCAGCAGGUUCGUCCUCGAGAACAGCAGCCGGGAAGACAAACACGAAUGUCCCUUCGCUCGAAGCAGCAUCCAGCUCACCCUGAUCCUCUGCGAGAUCCUGCACGUCGGAGAGCCGUGCUCGGAGACGGCUCAGGCCUUUUACCCUAUGUUCUUCGGGCAGGAUCAUUUCUUCGAAGAGCUUUUCUGCAUCUGCAUCCAGCUGGUGAACAAGACCUGGAAGGAGAUGCGGGCGACCCAGGAGGACUUCGACAAGGUGAUGCAGGUGGUGCGGGAGCAGAUCACCAGGACCCUGGCCCUCAAGCCCACCUCCCUGGAGCUGUUCAAGACCAGAGUGAACGCGCUGAACUACAGCGAGAUCCUGAAGCUGCGGCAGACGGAGCGGCUGCACCAGGAGGAGACGCUGGCUGCGCCCGUGCUGGAACUGCGGGAGAGGCUGAAGCCGGAGCUCCUGGAGCUGAUCCGGCAGCAGCGCCUGCUGCACCUCUGCGAGGGCACCCUCUUCCGCAAGAUCAGCAGCCGCCGCAGGCAGGACAAGCUGUGGUACUGCCGCCUGUCACCCAACCACAAGGUACUGCACUAUGGGGACGUGGAGGAGGGGGUGGAGUCUCCCCCCAUCGAGAGCUUGACGGAGAAAAUUCCUGUGGCAGACAUGAAGAUGCUGCUGGUGGGGAAGGAGUGCCCACACACAAAGGAGAAGAGCUCCGGGAAGCAGAACAAGGAUGUCCUGGAGCUGGCCUUCUCCAUCGUGCAUGACGUGGAAGAAUACUGCCUCAACUUUGUUGCCCCCACCCGGUACGAGUUCUGCCUCUGGACGGACGGGCUGAACGUGCUCCUGGGCAAGGAGAUGAUGAGUGAGCGAACACAGACAGACCUCGAUGUCCUGCUGUCCAUGGAGCUCAAGCUGCGGCUCCUGGACCUGGAGAACGUCAGCAUUCCCGACAACCCCCCUCCCAUCCCAAAGCCCCCCAGCAAUUUAAACUUCUGCUACGAUUUCAGCCAUGCAGAGCAGUGAGUUCCUCCCUGUGCUCUGUACCCCUUCCUCCAUGCCCCUCAAAAUCAAACCCCUUCCUCCAGGUUCUGUCCCUCAUCUCUGGCCCAAAGGGACAAGCCCAGGUGCUGGCUGGGAGCUUGGGUGGCCCACCCUUCCCUGCUGGGGUAACACUACAAAGGUACAAAUCUGCACUGCCUGACUUUCGCCAUCAGUGUAGGGGAUCCUUUCUGGACAAGAAGGUGGUUGGAAAAAGGAUAAAACACACCUUUCCACUAAGUUUGUCAAGCAGACAGCAUCUCCCGAGCACGGUGUGCCUGCCAGGUCCCUCCUGCACUGAAAUGUGUUUUUGCUGAGCCCUGUCCUGGAAGGGGGGGUGGUGUUUAGGGAACAAGCCCCCUUUUCCCAGCACCAGUCAGCCGGGCCUGGUGAGGAAGAGACCCUGGUCUACCCUUGCUGCCCAGCACUGUGAUGUUUUGCCAAUCCUGGUGCCUUCCCCCCGCCCUGGGUGGACACUUGCACACUUCAGCCAUGCUGCUGCACUACUGCACCCACGACAAGCUACCUCCUCCCGGCCCCCACGGCCCCCACCCCGGUGCCCUGCACCUCCUCGUGCCUGCAGCUUCUCCCAGGGGUGUUGUGGUCACAGCCACAGCCGCAGGUCACGGGGGGAACCAGCUGUGCCUCUGCCUCCUGCGUACAGGACAAUAAACACCUGUGGAGAGAGAA